AUGUCCAUGCUAGUGGCAGCCGCCUCGGACGUCACAGUUACUACGGAUUCCAAGCAACCUCGAUCAGGACGAGGAGAGCGUGGUAGAGACAAGAAUUUCCUCAACGCUCACGCGGCCAGUGAACCAACCACAAAGCAACAUUGUCAAGAAGAGGAACCGAGGAAGUCGGAGGUCAAAGAGGUGCUGUGCCUGGCGUGCGACGGUCGUAAUCACAAGGUGAAAGAUUGUGCAACAUUCAAAAGGUGGGAUGUGAACAGCCGCUGGAAGACCAUUCAAGAUCAUUCCCUUUGUCGUACGUGUCUAGGGAAACACGGACGGCGUCCUUGCAAGAUACAAACUGUUUGCGGUGUAGAAGGUUGUCAGCAGCGGCACCAUCAGCUGCUACACUCCAGCGCUCAGAAGCAACGUCCAUCGGGCAAGGAAGGUCAGAACACGACAAAGCAGAGCGAUAAUUCUGGCGGAGGGCUGAAUGCACACCGUGCCACUAAGAAGUCUACACUGUUUCGGAUCGUUCCCGUUAAGCUGUCGUGGAAAGGGAAGUCGGUACAAACUUAUGCGUUUUUGGACGAUGGAUCGGACAUGACUCUGGUCGAACAAUCGAUUGCAGAACGAUUAGGCAUUGAUGACGGCGAACCAAUUCCCCUUUGCCUAACUUGGACAAGCAACGUGACUCGACAGGAACCGAAGUCCCAACGUAUUCGUCUGGAGAUAUCCGGAGAAGGCAAGAACGAACUAUUUUCGCUGCAUGAUGCAAGAACGGUGUCUAGCCUCAAUCUUCCGAAACAAACGCUGAACUAUGGAGAUUUGGCCCGGAAAUACACGUACCUUCGGGGUCUCCCGGUCACCAGCUAUGAGGCAGCCGUGCCUGGCAUCUUGAUCGGUUCAAACAACGCCAGCUUGACUGCAACGCUGAGUUUGCGCGAGGGUCAACUAGACGACCCCCUUGCCAGCAAGACUCGGCUCGGCUGGUCGGUCUAUGGUUACUUUGCUGAAGGAGAGAAGGCAACCAACUUCACGCUGCACGUGUGCGAGUGCCGACAAGAAUACCAGGUGGAUCAAGAUCUCCACAAUCUCGUCCAGCAGCAUUUCUCUAUCGAAAGCGUCGGUGUUUCGGCCGACAAGGGGCCAGAAUCAGAGGAGGACAAGCGUGCUCGACGGAUUCUAGAGGAGACAACAAAACGCGUUUCAAAUAGGUUUGAGACUGGUCUUUUGUGGCGUUAUGACCAUGUGGAGUUUCCGAACAGUUUUCCCAUGGCAAUGAGGCGUCUGGAAUGUUUCGAGCGAAGGAUGAAGAAGGACCCGGAGUUGCAGUUAAGUGUACAGCGACAGAUCGGCGAGUAUUUGGAGAACAACUAUAUCCAUGAAGUGACGCAGCAGGAAAGUAGAUCUACUGACCCUCGCAAGGUGUGGUAUUUGCCUUUAGGCGCCGUGAGAAAUCCGAAGAAGCCGGGCAAAAUAAGGCUCGUUUGGGAUGCUGCGGCGAAAGUAGGUGGCGUUUCUUUCAACUCCAUGCUCCUUAAGGGUCCAGACUUGCUGAUACCUCUUGCUUCGGUGCUCUGCAGAUUUCGCGAACGGCCGGUAGCUGUUUGCGGGGAUCUAAAGCAAAUGUUCCACCAGUUCCGAAUUCGCCAAGAAGAUGUACACAGCCAACGGUUCCUCUACAGGGAACAUCCAACGAAACCUGUCAAGACCUUUGUGAUGGAUGUCGGUACGUUUGGGGCUACUUGCUCUCCCUGUCAGGCCCAAUACAUUAAAAAUCUUAAUGCGAAAGAACACGAAGGAGAAUUCCCGGAGGCAGCAAAAGCGAUCGAAGAGAAGCACUAUGUCGACGAUUACCUCGACAGCUUCGACACAGAAGAGGAAGCGGUCAAGGUUGCACUUGAAGUGAAGGAAGUACACGCUCGUGGAGGUUUCUGUAUCCGGAAUUGGCACUCUAACUCGGACACCCUCUUGAAACGGGUCGGGGAACCCAAGGGAGUACAGCCGAAAGUCAUCAGCAUCGAUUCGGAGUGCGAAGUGGAACGAGUUUUGGGCCUUUUAUGGCUGCCAGAAGAAGAUGUGAUUGCGUUUGCCAACAACCAGGAGCUGGACGGUAUUGUACCAACGAAACGGAAUAUCUUGCGCUGUGUUAUGAGCCUGUUUGACUCGCAGGGCAUCCUGUCACACAUCACGAUCCAGGGACGAAUGAUCAUCCAGGACACCUGGCGCACCCAAAAACAAUGGGAUGAUGAGGUCGAGGAAACUAUCCGUAUGCGCUGGGUCCGAUGGACAAAACUGUUCGAGGAGGUCGGCCAGAUGAGACUUCACAGACCCUACUUUCCUGGUUUUUCUGCUGCUGAGGUCGGUUCGGUAGAGCUGCACGUUUUCACGGAUGCAAGCGAGGAGGCAUAUGCAUGCGCAGCCUACUUUCGGGCCACGAUAAUGGGAAAAGUGCAUGUUACGCUGGUGAUGGCCAAGGCGAAAGUUGCUCCAUUGAAAUCGCUAUCGGUGCCACGUCUGGAGUUGAUGGGCGCUCUGCUGGGAGCAAGGCUAGCCAAAGCGGUAAAGGAAUACCAUACGUUACCGAUCAGUCGACGGCUUAUGUGGACGGAUUCGAAAACAGCUUUAGCCUGGGUCCAAUCACAACAUCGUCGCUACCGACAAUUUGUGGCGUUCCGUGUGGGAGAAAUCCUAAACAAGACCGACGCUGCGGAAUGGAGAUACGUUCCCACACAGUUAAAUCCAACCGACGAUGCCACCAAGUGGGGUAAGAGACCCAGCGCAGAUGUUACAUCACGUUGGUUCCGCGGACCCGACUUUCUGUACCAGCCGGAAAUAGAAUGGCCGGAGCAAAAGUCAACACAGUCGUUGGAAACGACGGAAGAAUUGCGGCCCUGCAUGGUGCACCGAGAGAAUCCAGUUGACGAUGUCUACCAGAUCAGCAACUUCUCAAAGUGGGAACGGCUGUUAAGAGCAGCUGCAUACGUACAUCGCUACAUCGCAAACUGUUACCGCAAAAGUAAGAAGCAGAAGUUGGUCACGGGGUACUUGCUCCAAGAAGAGUUGCAGCAAGCAGAGAACAGCCUGUGGCGCUCAGUGCAGGCAUCAACGUAUCCGGAUGAAGUAGCUGUGCUGAAACAAGCAAAUAAGAACCCGAAGAGGCAUAUCGAAAAGAGUAGUCCAGUCUACAAGCUGUCGCCGUUCUUGGACGAGAAUGGCGUGAUGCGAGUGGACAGUCGUAUAGGUGCAGUUCCAUACGUCACGUACGACUUCAAGUUUCCGGUGAUUCUACCACGCCACCACCAUCUCACCGAGUUGAUCAUCGACUGGUAUCACCGCCGGUACCUACACGCCAAUCACGCGACAGUACUCAAUGAAGCUCGUCAGCGGUUCCAUAUCUCGAAUCUCCGCACGGUAAUACGGCAGGUUAUUAAGAAGUGCCAGAACUGCAAGAUUACCAAAGCAGUUCCAGUAACUCCUAGAAUGGCUCCCCUUCCGGAGUCACGUUUAGCGGCCAUGGCGCGGCCGUUCUCCUACGUCGGGCUCGACUACUUCGGGCCGAUCCAGGUCCGGAUUGGACGCAGCUGUGUAAAACGGUGGGUGGCAUUAUUUACGUGCCUAACCGUGAGAGCCGUACACCUGGAAGUCGUUCAUUCACUCUCCACGGAGUCAUGCAAGAUGGCGGGGCUAGUCGAGAGUUGCGAGAUCAGAUUAAAGCGAUCGAUCAACAACUGGCCGAAACGUUUACCAAAUCGAACACAAAAUGGAAAUUUAACCCUCCGUCCGCACCACACUUUGGUGGCGUUUGGGAACGACUUGUGA